AUGUCGAUGCUCGACGAUUUCGUCGAGUCCUCAGCCGGGCCUUCAUCUAUUCAGCGCGGUGGCGGUCCAUCUGCCUACUCUCGUAGCAAUACAGCUGCGAAGCCCUCGGCCGGGAACGAUUUCAACGAUGUCGAGUAUGAGGGGUUCGAGGUGGACGACGAGGACGAGCCGGACGAGGAUGCCGGGAUGGUCCAAGCGCUCGAGACAGGCUUCAUCCCCUCCUCUCGCCUUCAGACCUCCCUUCCACCUCUCUUCUCCCUCUCCCUCGUCCAAUACACCCCACCUGCCUCUAUCCUCUCCCUCGUGACAGCCAACAACCUGCUCGUACUCGCCGUCCAGCCUUUGAGCGUCAUCAUCAUCAACCUGAACAAGCCAGACGAGCUCGUCACCGUCGACCUCCCCCGGCCCGCUACGGACAAAAGCAACGCCGCGCCUAUAAUACCCGUCAUCCAGAAGCUGUUCAUCGACCCCUCAGCUCGACAUCUUCUCAUCACCACGGAUACCGGUGACACCUUCUACCUCCCCAUCAGCCCCGGCAAUGCCGCUAUACAAUCCCGCAGGCCCCGGCCACUCCGGCUACGAGCAGCAAUCACCGCUGUGGCCUGGUCCCCCUUUUCCGGGCCCGCGAGCGAUACGUCUGUCGCAGACGGAGUGCCGGCCAAGCAAGACGCUAUCACUCCACCAGCAACAGAUGUCCUGCUAGGUACAUCCAGCGGCCAGAUCCUCUCAUUGCCAUUACCGCCCCAGGACGAUAUCUUCAAAUCGGUCUCGAUAUCCAUGUCGAAGCCGCUCGAGCGGGAUCUGCAGAUUUUGUACGCUUUGCAGGAUCAGCAGCCGAUUACGGGGGUAGCGUUUGGGUUUUGGGCAGAGACGGAUAGGAAGGGGAAGAAGAAGGCUUGGGUGGUAUUCACCACGAAGGAGAGGGUGUACGAGGUACAAGGCAUUGUGUCGAGUACGAGUACGGGUGGGAAGAGCGGAGGAUGGGCGGAAGAGGUCUUCAAGCCUGUCAGAGAAAGCACGCCGAAGUUCCAAGAGCUCCCAGGAGAUCCACCGUCUUCCGAAUUACGGCUAUACUCUGCUGUAUCCGAUAGUACAGGUAGCGGCCGACUAGCCCCACCUUCCGCUUUCGCCUGGAUAACAGGUCCCGGUCUCUAUACAUCCCCCUUAUCCUCAACCUACGUCCCCGAAAUCCUCACCAAACCCUCGCUUCUCCCGUACCCUUCUUCCUCCCCCUCAUCGUCCGCUCCCGUCUUUUCCCGCUCUGCCACCUCCCCCGACUCAUCCUCUAUCCCCCUUUCGGCACUCAUCACGCAAUAUCACUACCUCCUUCUCUACCCCACACGUAUCGUUGGGAUAUCACGGGAAGAGGAGAAGGUGGUAUGGGACGAGAUGCUCCCCUUGACGGGGAAUGAGCGGGCCAUAGGCCUAAGUGGGGAUCCGGUGGGACAGACGUUCUGGAUUUAUACGGAUAAGAGUAUCUUGGAGGUGCUUGUUAGGGUGGAAGAUCGGGAUGUGUGGAGGGCGAAGUUGAGUAAAGGGGACUUUGAGGAGGCUUUGACGUUUACACAUUCGAAGGCACAGCAGGAUAUAGUGCUGUCUCGCCAAGGAGACGCGCUAUUUGAAGAAGGUCGCUUCAUCCAGUCCGCUCAAGCUUUCGCCAAGUCCAGCCGGAGCUUCGAAUACGUCACGCUCAAAUUUGUCGACGUGGACGAGCGGGACGCCUUGAGGAUAUACCUCUCGGACCGACUAGACUUACUAGACAAGAGGGAUCGAACACAGCGGAUGAUGCUCGCUACCUGGCUUAUCGAGAUUUACCUUUCCAAGUGCAACGACCUGGAAGAUAUCGUUGCAGCCGAGUCGGCGGUGUCCGACGUGGAGAGCCUGAGUGUUGAGCGGCAGAUCAUGGAAGAGGAUAUUCGGAACUUCAUGACGACCUAUCAGAAUGACCUGGACGCCAAGGUUGUCUACGAGCUGAUAUUGAGUCAUGGAAGAGAGGACCUGUAUCUGUUCUAUGCGGGGUUGAUGCGGGAUCAUGGGAAGGUGGUCGAGCACUGGGUGACGGAGGAGGCGUGGAGCCGAGCGAUCGAUAUCUUGAACCGGCAGGACUCUCUCGACCUGUACUACCGCUUCGCCUCGGUCCUCAUGCAGAAUGCGCCAAAAGAAACGGUCGACUCGUGGCUUCGACGUCCCACACUAUCGCCUCGCCGCCUUAUACCCGCCUUACUACAACGCCCGACCAAAUCUGGCUCCUCGGCAGUCAACGACCACGCCAUCCGAUACCUCUCCACCGUAGUCUUCCAGCAACAAUCCACAGAUACGACCAUUCACAACCUCCUCCUUACCCUCCACGCCACCUCCAAAACAAACGACGGACUCCUCCUCAAAUUCCUCUCGGUAUGUCCGGACGACCCGCUCACUGAGCGGCCAUACUAUGAUCUCGACUAUGCGCUGCGGGUAUGCAAGGCCCACGGUCAGAUACAGGCUUGCGUGCAUAUAUACUCAAAGAUGGGGAUGUACGAGUCGAGUGUGGAUCUGGCGCUGCAGAAGGGGGAUCUGGAGCUGGCGAAGAUCAAUGCGGAUCGGCCGGAGGAUGAUGAUGUCCUCCGAAGGAAGUUGUGGUUGAAGAUUGCAAAGUAUGUGGUACAGGAGCAAAAGGACAUUAAGAGCGCCAUGAGAUUCCUCGAAUCCACCGACCUCCUCAAAAUCGAAGAUAUCCUCCCCUUCUUCCCGGAUUUUGUUGUCAUUGACGACUUCAAGGCCGAGAUCUGUACGGCACUCGAGCAGUACGCUUCGCGCAUCGACGAGCUCCGGGCCGAGAUGGACGAGGCGACGCAAAGUGCCGAAUCGAUCAAGCGAGAUAUAGAGGGAUUGUCGAAUCGCUUCGUCACUGUCGAAGCGGGGGACAAGUGCUGGCGGUGUGGAUUGGGGUUGUUGAGUCGGCAAUUCUACGUGUUUCCUUGUCAACAUACCUUCCAUGCGGAUUGUAUGAUCAGUAUGGCGAUGGAGUUCCUCCCUGCCCCUGCUCUCCGGCGGAUCCUACACCUCCAGACCGAAUUAGUCAAGCAAGACGCCUCGUCCAGCCGUAUCCUCCUCUCCCAGAACUUCCCAUCCACCCUUAAUUCCUCUACACCGUCGGGAACGACCCGCUCCAAGAUCACCUCGGGCAACACAGCGACCGACCUCCUCCUGGGCAUCACAGGCCGGAACGCCCUUCUCGCCGCUGGUGACAAACUCCGGGAUCUCAUUAUCCCCGAUGCGCUCGCGCAGGCUGUUACGGCCGUGGGCUCGACGGUGGUGAGUGGAGUGACGGGCGUAGGGGGCACGGAGAAGAAGAAGUCAAAGAAGGAGAGGGAUAGGGAGGAUGCGAGGACGGAAGUGGCGAGGAAGGAGCUGGAUGAGCUUGUGGCGGGUGUGUGUCCUUUGUGUGAAGGGGCGGUGAUGGGGCUGGAUAGGCCGUUCGUCAAGGAAGGUGAGGCAUUGGGGGAUUGGGCAGUAUAG